ACCGACGAGGCUGAUAUAAACGCGCGACAACACAACAUACACAGUACAGGACAAAACUCAGGCAUAAACUCAAACUCAAAACACAACACACCAAUACAGUUGCAUUAUUUCUUUCCAGAUCCAUCUAACAACAGCGAUGGGAAUAGAAGAUACAGAUAUUUGUAUCAUCAAGGAGCCAGAUCAUGUGGUAGUAUAUUCGGAUGGCGUUUCCCAUGAUUCAGGUCAUGAAGCUGGAGGUGAGCAUCACAAUAUUACAGAGUCUUAUGAACAAAUCAACGAGACAACUGAACAUCAUAGUUCAGAGGAGAGUGCAAAGGAGUAUGAGGUGAAGGAAUGCACCACAGAAGUUUCUGUUAAGGUCUCUGAUGUCAAUAAUCUUAAAAAGUGCGAGGAGAAGUUAACCUCAGAUUCUGAGGAUGUUGUCAGUGAGAAAAGUUUUAAAUCCCACAAAAUACGGGGCAAACACAAGCCACGAGACACUGUGAAGAAUGGAUCACGACCUCCUGCUGGAAAUAUUCAUAGCAGGUGUACAGGCAGUGCCCAAAUCAAGCCCACAGUUCCACAGCCGUUUUCCUUAGCAACCGAGAAGCGUGCUUCGGUUGGAACUCGUCCUGCUUUUGAAGAAGACAAGGGCAAUAAUGAGAGAAAAUCUUUAAAUAAAAAAAGCGUGCUAUCUCCCAAUAUGUAUAAACAGAAUCAGUUGUUAGUUUCAAGAAAGCCAUUGCAACCUGAUAACAAGAAGCAUCCUGAUGAGGAUGAUGCUUGCUCCGUAGCUUCAAUAACCGGAACUUCUGUUAGGUCCAUCAAAUCCAGGGCAACUGUUUCUUCUGCUCCUGUGUUUCGGUCCACUGAACGUGCAGAAAAAAGGAAGGAGUUUUAUACAAAAUUGGAGGAAAAGCACCAAGCAAUGGAAGCUGAGAAGAAUCAAAGUGAAGCAAGGACCAAGGAAGAGAUGGAGGAAGCUAUCAAGCAGCUAAGGAAGAGUUUAACUUUUAAAGCAAGCCCUAUGCCUAGCUUUUACCAUGAGGGGCCUCCUCCCAAGGUUGAACUGAAGAAGCUACCAGCCACGCGAGCAAAAUCUCCAAAGCUGGGCCGGCAAAAGAGCGACAAUGGUGCAGUUAAUUUAUCUGAAGGGGGUAAGGAGAAAGCAUCUGGUAUCCGGAGAAAGCAUCACACACUGAAGACCAACAACUAUGAUGUUAAGAGUGAAGUGAAUGACUUGUGUGACCCAAAAAACAAGGCCAAUCAUAUUGAAGAAAUUGAUAUGGCAAAAGUAACUGGACAAGCAGACUUGAAGAUUGGCAGCCAGUGAAAUAUUCAGUGAGAUUAGUUCCUCAUUUUUCUAAUUUAUAUGUAUCUGGGGACUGCGGUCUUGUUUCUCCCAACAAACAUGUUUUUCCUUUAACUUAUAAGGCACUUGCUGCUGUGUGCAUUGCGUAAGUAGUAAAAUGUUUAUUUGUAAUUUAUUUCAAAUUAUUUGUAAAAUUAAAUCCUAUUGCUCACAAGAGCAAUUUCAGCAUUUGUUUGUCUGCCUGAAGUCCAGGAUCAGAUUGUUUGAAGUCAUCAUCAAAUAAUGCUGUUCGAUUAGCAGUAAAGUAAUUAUUAUGCUUCAUUGUUGCCA